GGUUUCUAACCGGCCGCCGAUCACUGCUUUGCCAGUAUUGGGAAAAAUACGUCAAAAUCUAUGACGAAGUCUCAAACGCUGCUGACGAUGCCAGCACUAUUGAGCUGGCACAGCUGGCUUUGGACGCGUACAACGAAAUCGAGCGCAUCUACACCGAAACAUUGGGGGAGCUGAACGAUAUGAUUGAGGCAACGAGCUCCCCUAUCAUUACGAAGUCACCAACAAUUCCUGCAACUGCUGCGUAUCCGGUUCAUAGCCUUCCACCAAUUAAACUACCACCUUUCGAUGGGUCAUUUUUGCGCUGGUACCCCUUCAAGGAUUUAUUCACGUCGAUCGUCAUCAAAAAUCGAAACUUGUCAGACACGCAGCGCUUGCAGUAUUUAAAGGACAGUCUCAUUGGCGAAGCGAAAAACUCACUGGAUAACAUUGCUACAACAGACGGUAACUUCACUGUCGCCUGGUGCUUGCUGGAGCGCAAAUUCGACAACAAACGCAUCAUUAUCAAUGCACAUCUAACCGAAAUUACAAAUUUGCAACCGAUACGAAGAGAAUCCGCCGCCAAUUUGCGAUCAUUGAUUGACAGUGUCACCGCAUCGUUACGUGCAUUAGAACAACUUGGUCGUCCGGUAGCUCACUGGGACGACUGGCUCAUCUACACUGUUGUGCACAAGCUUGACAGUGCCUCUGUACGUGCGUGGGAGCUGUCUAUCUCCUCCAACAACACACUUCCAACUUUCGAUGAUUUACGUAUUUUCAUCGAAAAUCAAACCAAAUCAUUGGAAGUCGUGCAAAGCUUCGCAGAUUCUAAACCAAGUAAUUUACAGUCGAAGGACACUACAACUACCAAAUCCAAACAACACGGUUUGAAAGGGUACCACACUACUGAAGCGAGUUGCCCUUGCUGUUCUAGCAAGCACUACAUCUUAUUUUGUACGGACUUUCGUAACCAAACGCCCCAGCAGCGAUACAAGACAGUACAGCAAGCAAGCCUGUGCAUGAACUGUUUGCGCUCUGGUCACAAAGCUCAUCAGUGCUCGUCAAAACGCCGUUGUCAAAAAUGCAAUUCGGCUCACCACACUAUGAUUCAUGAGUACUGCGCAAACAACCAACCGACUCCACCUGCGACCAUGAAAUCUUCGUCAGCAAGCAACCAAAGUCCUAUAUCCACAUACAACGCAUCCAUCACUCAGCAGACCUCUUCGGUUGUUCCUCCGGUGCUACUCGGAACAGCGUUAGUCGAGCUGCAUUCUAACACCGGUCACACCAUGGUACUACGCGCUUUGUUAGAUAGCGGAGCUGAAGCCACCUUUAUCAGUGAAUACGUAGUAUCCCAGCUUAAACUAUCGAAGUCGCCGCUGCGUAUUCCAUUAAAUGGAGCUAACGGUCAAAGGUUGGCUACAACCACUGGCUCGGUGGAGUUUUCGCUACGUUCAACUAUUUCCACUUUCGAAAUGCGCUGCACUGCUCUAGUAUUGCCACGCGUAGGAAACCUGAGUCCAUCUGUGAACUAUCAUCCUGAACACUUUAAGCCGUUUUGGGACCUUAAACUUGCCGAUCCUAAAUUCAACAUAUCAGGAGCUAUCGACGUCAUUUUGAGUGCUGGUGACUACGCCACAAUCAUGCUCAACGAUAUCAAGCGUAGCCCCAACACUAAUGUCAUCGCACAAAAUACGCAAUUAGGAUGGGUUAUUUUCGGCAGCCUACCAGAACGAGGUAACUCAUCAAUGAAGGCCGCUUAUGACUGCUAUUGCACUAGACUGGAGGUAGAUGUACUUCUUCGUCGAUUCUGGGAGCAGGAAGAGGUAGCCGUGCAACAAACCUUAACUAAAGAUGAGAUAUUCUGCAACGAGUUCUUUGAAUCUACUACGCAACGCACUGAGACAGGUCGGUAUGUGGUACGACUCCCGGUCAAAAAUGAAUCGGGCCUUUCUCAACUUUCAUCAACACGAGAGGCUGCACUAUCGUUAUUAAGUACCAUGGAACGCCGUUUAAAUCGAGAUGCCUCAGUACGCAAACUAUACCACGACUUCAUGUCCGAAUACUACAAACUUGGUCAUAUGGAGCUGGUUGGAAACGAUAGGCUCAACGGCCGCGUCAGCUAUCUUCCCCAUCACAGCGUGCUAAAGGACUCAAGCACUACGACCAAGUUGCGUGUCGUAUUCAACGCAUCAAAGCGAAGUGGGUCUGGGUUGUCGUUGAACGAAUGCCUACACACAGGUCCAAAGUUACAGAAGGAUCUUGCUUCCGUCGUCUUGAACUGGCGCAAAUACCGAAUUGCCUUCACAGCUGACAUCGAAAAGAUGUACAGGCAAAUUUUGGUCCAUGGGGAAGACGUCGACUUGCAACGAAUUGUCUGGCGAUUCGGCGAUGGAGAGUCAACCUCAACCUUUCGGUUAUUAACGGUUACUUAUGGAACCAAUUGUGCGCCGUUCCUUGCUAUGAAGGUUUUACAAGCGCUUGCUAGAGAUGAACAACAACAGUUUCCGCACGCCUGUUCCACACUAUUGAACGAAUUCUAUGUAGAUGACGUUCUAUCUGGUGCUGGAACCAUUUUUGAGGCCAAUCAACUCAGAGGUGAACUACAACAACUUUUGCUAGCUGGAGGUUUCAAACUCCGAAAAUGGAACUCCAAUUCUACUGAUAUGCUGCAAGAAAUAGAUCCUGAAGAUCGUGGGGAUAAGGACCCGUAUGAGCUUAACACUGAAACCGAGUCGAAGGCCUUAGGCAUCGUUUGGAUGACACACUCCGACUGA